AUGGUGAAAGUGCCUCCAACAAAAGCACUCUUGUUGUUCAACACCGCAACCUAUCAAGGCCUUCAGCACACUUCCCACUCUAUCUCCUUCAUCCUAAAUCAUCUCCUUUCCUCUGGCAUGCUACCCCAAGCCCAAUCUCUAAUCCUGCGUCUAAUCUCUGGUCGAAUCCCCUCCUCCUUAAUGCUUCAACUAACACAAGCCCAUUUCACCCCUUGUUCAACCUACACUCCUCUCUAUGACACAGUUGUCAAUGCCUAUGUUCAUUCUCAUUCAACCGACCAAGCCCUCACUUUUCUACACCACAUGAUUCACGAGGGCCAUGUUCCUUUAUCAAACACCUUCAAUAAUCUUCUGUGCUUACUCAUUAGGUCUAAUUAUUUCGAUAAAGCUUGGUGGAUAUUCAAUGAAUUGAAGAGUAAAGUUGUUCUGGAUGCCUACAGUUUUGGGAUUAUGAUCAAGGGUUGUUGUGAAGCUGGUUACUUUGUGAAAGGCUUUCGGCUUUUGGCCAUGCUGGAAGAGUUUGGUUUGUCUCCGAAUGUUGUUAUAUACACUACUUUGAUUGAUGGGUGUUGCAAGGAUGGAAAUGUUAUGCUGGCAAAGAAUUUGUUUUGCAAGAUGAAUAGGUUGGGUUUGGUUCCCAACCCGCAUACUUAUAGUGUGUUAAUGAAUGGGUUUUUCAAGCAAGGACUUCAAAGGGAAGGGUUUCAGAUGUAUGAAAAUAUGAAGCGAAGUGGAAUUGUUCCUAAUGCUUAUGCUUACAAUUGUCUUAUUAGUGAAUAUUGUAACGAUGGGAUGGUGGAUAAAGCUUUUAAGGUGUUCGCUGAAAUGCGUGAGAAAGGUAUUGCAUGUGGGGUUAUGACUUAUAACAUUUUAAUAGGCGGGCUGUGUCGAGGGAAGAAGUUUGGGGAAGCAGUGAAGUUGGUUCAUAAAGUCAACAAAGUUGGUCUUAGUCCUAACAUAGUUACGUACAACAUACUGAUCAAUGGGUUUUGCGAUGUUAGAAAAAUGGACAGUGCUGUUAGAUUAUUCAAUCAGUUGAAGUCAAGUGGACUAUCGCCAACGUUAGUGACUUAUAAUACUUUGAUUGCAGGGUAUUCUAAGGUUGAGAAUUUAGCAGGAGCUCUUGACUUGGUCAAGGAAAUGGAAGAGAGAUGCAUUGCUCCUUCCAAAGUGACAUAUACGAUUCUAAUUGAUGCCUUUGCGAGACUAAAUCAUACGGAGAAAGCUAGCGAGAUGCUUUCUUUAAUGGAGAAGUCUGGUUUGGUUCCAGAUGUUUACACAUACAGUGUCCUACUUCAUGGGUUAUGUGUGCAUGGUAACAUGAAAGAAGCGUCAAAACUCUUCAAAUCAUUGGGUGAGAUGCACCUCCAACCAAACAGUGUCAUAUAUAAUACCAUGAUUCACGGUUACUGCAAAGAAGGAAGCUCUUAUAGGGCUCUUAGGCUGCUCAAAGAAAUGGUUCACAGUGGAAUGGUUCCAAAUGUGGCCAGUUUUUGUUCAACCAUAGGGCUUCUUUGCCGAGAUGAAAAGUGGAAGGAAGCUGAACUUCUCUUGGGACAGAUGAUAAAUUCAGGACUAAAGCCAUCAGUUUCUUUGUACAAAAUGGUUCACAAAGUCAAGGGUGAUGUUUAG